GUAAUUUGUCGUCUGUGGUCAAACAUUGAAAAAUAAUAAAGGAAUAUAAAAUAUAUCCAGCAACAAAUAUUAUUUUCCACGUGAAUUUUAUUUUCAGUUUCCCACAUAAAUACAUUUUUAAAUAUGGGCGUUGACGUAGAAACAAUUUCACCUGGAAAUGGUUGCACCUACCCAAAACCUGGUCAAACAGUAGUAGUUCAUUAUACAGGAACUCUUCAGAAUGGAAAGAAGUUCGAUUCAUCGAGGGAUCGUGGACAACCAUUUAAGUUUACAUUAGGUAAAGGUGAUGUUAUUAAAGGAUGGGAUCAAGGUUUAUCUAAGAUGUCAGUAGGGGAACGUGCAAAACUAACAUGUUCACCUGACUUUGCAUAUGGAUCUCGUGGACAUCCUGGUGUAAUUCCACCAAAUGCAACCUUAAUAUUUGAUGUAGAACUUUUAAGAGUAGAAUAAACUAGCCUUGCCAUUAAUAUAAUUUGACAAUUAUCCGAAAGCCUUAAAAUAUUUAUUUAUUAUACAUAAUCUAAAGAUCAGCGAUCAGGUAAAAAGUAUGCACCCAACUUAGAGGCAACCUAUGCUUGGGGUUUUUCUGUGUGAUUGAAUCAGAAAUGAGAAGAUCCUCAGUAGAAACUGUCAUUGACAUAGCUCAGAGAGUCACAAAGCUGAAGUGGCAAUGGGCUGGGCACAGUUUGAAGAGCCAAUGAAUGUGCUGGACUGGCAAUCCCACACCGGAAAGCACAGUGUUGGUGAACCCUCCACUAGAUGGGCCGAGGAUAUAAAGAGGGUUGCAGGGAGCUGUUGGAUAUUGGCGGCUAGAUGCAGUGGUGUUUGAAAGUCCAUGCUAGAUGUCUAUGUCUAGCUGUGGACAUCCAUCAGCUGUUAAUGAAAGAUGAUGAUGUUGUACUUAGAGUACACUAUAGUUAAGGUGUAUACUACAAAUCCAGUUGGGUUUUAAAAGCUGCACAGUUUAGAAUAUUAAUAUAUUAAUAUCAGACUGGAUUAGACGUCUGGUGCAUACUAUAAUUGUUUAUAUAACACUAGUUUUAAAGGAUCACAGAUUUUUAAAAUGUAAGUUAUAUUAACUUACAUUUUAUUCUUGAAUUCUUUUAAAUAAUUAUCUGCAUUGCCUAUUAAAUCACUUUUUUUGAGCUUUAUAGGUGUUGUGGUUUUAUCAAUUUUUCUCCAGUUUUGUGUAUAAUCAUAAUUCUUUGAAUUUUCUAUUAAAUAUUAAUUCAGGACUACAUAUUCAUAGUUUGUACACUAUUUGUUAUAUAAUAUUUCACAACUGAUGCAUUUGUUAUAUUCUGUUGUUUUUGAUGUUUAAGAUUAUGAUGAAAUAUAUAUUUUUAUUUAAAAAUCUCAAGUAAAAUCAAAAACAUGAUCAUUUAAGUUUGUAUAACUUUGAUUUAAUAUUAACAUUGGUGUUGGAAAUACUGCUUUGAAUUACUAACUUUGCUUUCUUACUUGAAAUUUUUGUAUGUUUGACUGAAUUAAAUUGUAAUAAUACAGGGUCAGACUCACUGGAAACAUCCCACUAUAGGAUCCCACUAUAGGAACAUCCCUUUAAGAGGUGAUAAUAGGGAUCAUUAGCUAUCAAAUGGUAGUAGGUGCAAAAACAACCACUAAAUACAUGAGUUUUAUUUUAUAAUCCACUUUGAAGUAGAGUAUCCCAUAUUUCUUUUAAAAAAAAGAUAAAAGGUUUUUCUUCAAAAUUGGUACAUAUCUGCCCCAUAUAACCUAAUGCAAUUUGUUAGCCAAUGAUCCUUACUAUCAUCCCUUAAAGGGAUUGCCAUGUUUCCAGUGACUCUGUAUUCGUGAUUUACUUCUAUUAGCAAACUGGACUUCAUCUGUGUGAAAACCUUGAACAAUGACUCCUUUUAUUGCACUUCAAAAUAUAACCUUUUUUUUUGAAUCACUUUUCUAUUGUUGAAAAGUUGAAAAUAGCAUUAAAAUCUGUUGUGGUGUUUAAAAGUUCUAAGCAUACAAAUGUAGGAAGUGACAUUUGUUUUAUUAAGUAACUAACUUCCAAAAGCAAGAGGUUCUAUGUUCGGCUGUAUGUAUGUUUUUUACUAUAUAAUAAAGAUAUUCCUAAUAAUAUGAAAAAAAUGUUAACAAAAAUAAAAUUUAUUACCCAAAUAUAAA